AUGGCGUCCUGGCGGGAGGAGUAUAUACAGGCUCUCCAGGAACGAGACGAGCGUGAAAAGGCUAGCUAUCAACGAAUCGACGACGAACUUAUCAACGCCUUUGCAGAUUUACUCGCCCGUACAUCAGCCCUCGAAGCAGAGAAAGCUGCCAAUGAUCCCGCUCAAGACUCCAAGUCUCCGGGCUCUGCCAUCCCCACCGCUGCAGCAGAGGGCUCCGCCCAGGAAAAGAGUCACUUGGCUGGAGCUCUACGACAAAAUGGACAGUUGCAGUCCCGCAUCAAGCUGGCUGAAGCGGAAUUGGUCAAGCUGAGGACCAAGACUAGGACUGAUGCAAAGCUCAUUGAGAGCCUUUCUAGGGAGCGGGCAAGUCUAAGUCAGAAGGUUAAGGAUAGAGACGAGGAGUUGCGGGGUAAAGCGAAAUUACUGGAUAAGGAUGUCCACGACGAGGUUAUAUCGUUGAAUCUGCAGCUCAAUAUGUCUGAGAAGAACGUCAAGAAACUCAAGACAGAGAAUAAGGAACUUAUCGACCGAUGGAUGAUUCAUAAGGGUCGAGAAGCAGAGGCGAUGAAUAACACGCUGCAUGAUCAAUCAGAGGGACGAUAA